AACAAAACAACCCAAGGCAAGAAAGAACCCAAGAGUGGAGAGUUCAUCGGACCAGCCACAUAUUUUCCAUCCAUUUUAACUACUUGUAUCACUAAGAGCGACGUUCUUUCUGAUGGCUUCAUCAGCAGCUGGUGGGUCCCUUGUGCUCCGCGCGCUGCUGGUGGCGGCGGCCAUCGCCGGCGCGCUGUCGGACCCGACGCCGCUGCAGGACAUCUGCGUGGCGGACCUGAACGCCACGACGGCGCUGGACGGGUUCGCGUGCAAGCCGCUGGCGGCGGUGGUGGACGACGACUUCUUCUCGCGCGCCAUCGCGUCGGAGGCCAGCACCGACAACCCGUUCCUCGUCAACUCCACGCGCGCCACCGUGUCCACGUUCCCGGGGCUCAACACGCUGGGCGUCUCCAUCACGCGCGUCGACAUGGCGCCCGGCGGGCUCAACCCGCCGCACUCGCACCCGCGGGCCUCCGAGCUCGUCAUGGUGCUCAGGGGCGAGGUCAUGGUCGGCUUCACCACGGGGGCCAACCGCCUCUUCUCCAAGGUGGUCAGGGAGAACGAGCUCUUCGUCGUGCCCCGAGGCCUGCAGCACUUCCAGCUCAACACCGGCAAAGGCGACGCCGUGUUCAUCGCCAUGUUCGACGCCCAGUCGCCUGGCGUCGUCACGCCCACGUUCGCCAUGUUCUCCACUAAGCCUGCCAUGCCCAUGGAGGUGCUCGCCAAGACGUUCCUCAUGGGCGAGGACGAGGUCACCGCCAUCAAGUCCAAGUUCGUUGGCUUCUGACAGGCAAUAUAUAUAUACUACUGUCUACUAGCAGCAGUUUAAUUAGCUGCUGCAUAUCUAUUACCCGAUUCAAUCAUCACGUCAAUGUGUGUAUUCAUUCGUUUUUGCAUAGUAUUGAUCUGUGAGUACGAGUUUGUUUUCCGCCAAAUGUGUAAACAACAUGUUAAUCCUGUUUAAUUUCCCCCCUUACAGUGUGAAUAAUAACUGCAUUUUGAUCAAAAGCA